GUUACUGACGUUGUUAUAAACCUUUCAACAUCAGCAAUAUCGUUGGCAAAAUUGAACUUCAGUAAUUGUCGAAGAAACAACUUACUAUGUGUUACUUCUACACAAAGCUGUUGGAGACCGUAGGAUAGCGCAUAAUGACACCAAAAACUUAGCCACUUAGCUAGGAAGGCACGUUUUGUUGUUACAAUAUGGAUUUACGCGUGUUCUUAAUGAACGUAUUGCAUAGAAAAUUUCUGGUUUAUAUAUUCAUGCAUAUAUAUACUUUGUUAUAUGGUGGAACAUUCGAAAGCUAAUGUUAUGUAUUACUUUCAUUUUCGAAGCAAAUAGAAAUUAGGGUUGCGGAGAUUGAAUAGUUAUUUUUGUGAGGUAAAAAACUGAAGACAAAUAAGAACAUGCAUGUCUGAGGGCAUUCAUUUAGAACCGUUAUGUAACUAAGAGUGCGUUGGCAAGUAAAUGAGUGCAUUCAUACAUUGAUUUCGUUCUCAGCGAAAGUAGAGCUGCUUGAACGAAGACGAAGAAGAAAAAAAUGGUGGAGGGGGGAGCCCCACCUUCUAGCAAAACUGAGUUCACGGAGUGUUGGAGGACAACAUGGAGGACACCGUACAUUAUGCGCCUUGCGCUCUCAGCUGGCAUCGGAGGCCUCCUUUUUGGAUAUGAUACAGGUGUGAUCUCCGGGGCAUUGCUAUACAUUCGGGAGGACUUUCGUGAAGUUGACAAAAAAACAUGGCUGCAGGAGACCAUAGUGAGCAUGGCAGUUGCUGGCGCCAUCAUUGGGGCUGCUGUUGGUGGAUGGAUGAAUGACGCACUUGGCCGGAAAAAAUCAAUUCUAAUCGCGGACGUGGUGUUCUUCGUUGGUGCAAUAGUUAUGGGCGCGGCUCCAGCUCCAUGGGUGAUCAUAAUUGGGAGAAUUGUAGUUGGUUUGGGAGUUGGAAUGGCUUCUAUGACCGCACCCCUCUACAUCUCAGAAGCUUCUCCUCAUAGAAUCAGAGGAGCUCUGGUUAGCUGCAACGGUAUGUUAAUUACAGGAGGACAAUUCUUGUCAUACCUCAUCAAUCUCGCCUUCACCAAAGCUCCGGGAACCUGGCGUUGGAUGCUUGGAGUCGCGGGACUUCCAGCCCUUGUUCAGUUCAUAUUGAUGUUGUCGCUUCCAGAGUCUCCAAGAUGGCUCUACAGAGCGAACAAGGUGGAUGAAGCUAGGGCAAUUUUGCAGAAAAUCUAUCCUGAAGAAGAGGUGGAAGAUGAAUUGAAGGCCUUGCAUGAAUCUGUCGAAUUUGAAAAGGCCGAGGACUCAGCAGCUGGGAAUGGCAUGAUCCAAAAACUAAAGGGUGCCUUGAGCAACACCGUGGUUCGAAGAGGACUCUACGCAGGCAUCACUGUCCAAGUAGCUCAGCAAUUUGUCGGUAUUAAUACCGUGAUGUAUUACAGCCCGACCAUUGUUCAAUUCGCUGGUUUUGCAUCCAACCAGACCGCUAUGGCACUCUCACUCAUCACAUCCGGUCUCAACGUUGUUGGAACCCUAAUCAGCAUGUGCUUUGUAGAUAGAUACGGAAGGAGAAGGCUGAUGAUCAUUUCUAUGUUUGGUAUUAUCGCUUGCCUUGUGGUGUUAGCCGGGGUUUUUUUCUAUGCCGCGGAACAUUCUCCGAAGAUUAGUAAUUUGGAAUCUGCUAAAUUCGGCAACUCUUCAACAUGUCCGACUUAUGUAUCGGCUGUCAAUCCUACAGCAUGGAACUGCAUGACGUGUUUGAAACAAGAAUGUGGCUUCUGUGCUAGUGAAAUCAAGGAUCUCGCUCCGGGAGCUUGCUUGGCCGCCAGUGAUAAUAUCAGGGACUUAUGUCGUGGAGAACACAGGACAUGGUACAGUAAAGGCUGCCCUAGUAAAAUCGGAAUAUUUGCAGUGAUACUAUUGGGAUUGUACAUUAUAAUGUAUGCACCCGGAAUGGGAACAGUGCCAUGGAUCGUGAACUCGGAAAUAUACCCGCUGAGAUACAGAGGGACGGGUGGAGGAAUCGCUGCAGUUUCAAACUGGACGGCCAAUCUCAUAGUGAGCGAGACAUACUUGACUCUGACGAAAGCGCUGGGUUCGGCGGGAACGUUUCUCCUCUUUGCUGGGUUUUCUCUUAUUGGACUCAUAUUCAUUUACUUGCUAGUUCCUGAAACCAAAGGAAUGCAAUUUGAAGAGGUUGAGAAGUUGCUGCAGAAAGGCUUCAGACCUAAGCUAUUUGCUCCCAAGGACACCAAAGGUAAGGCCAAAGUUGAGGAAUAGUACAGUCGAAUAGGGACCAAUGUUUUGUGAGGAAUUACCAUAUUUUGAUGACCAUACUAUCACAGCUCGUGCUUUAAUAUCAUGAAACAAUUAAUAUGUAUAUGUCAUGUCAUCAUAAUAUGGUCUAUUAUAUAUCAGUUUUCUAUUAGGUUCUAUUUA